AUGGUGCAGUGGUUCGAGAAAUGUAGGAAACUGUGGAUCCAGUGUGGCCCGCAGUGGAAUGAGCCUUUGUUCAACCUUUCUGAGGACUUCUUUGAUGCCCUAACGGUUGUUCAUGAAGCAUGCAAAGAGGGAACAUACAAAAUCACAGAAUCCUUCCUGUAUGCUCUUGGUCAAUUGGGAGUGGACUCCAGAAUCUACAUCCUGAUCCGGAAAGAGGCAAUUCGUAAAUUCAACUUAAUUCUGGACAAAAUCCCAACGGAGCUUAAGAAAGAGAGGAAGAUCCUAACAUCACAGGAGGCCUCAGACAUCAUGCUCAAACUGGCUGGUCAGAUAUUGGAGGGUGGUGAUUAUGACUUGCAGACAGCCUUGAUGGAAGCACUGUGCAGAAUGGCCACUCCUGACCAAAGGAAAGAGAUGGCAGAUCGGUGGUUCAGCAUGGAGCAUGUGGCCAGUGCCUUUGCCAAGAUCCGUGAUGCAGAGUUUGAGACGGAUUGUCGCAAGUUUCUGAACUUGGUGAAUGGGAUGCAGGGAGACAGGAGGAGAGUCUAUUCCUACCCUUGUUUGGAGGUUUAUCUGGACAAGUAUGAGCUGCUGAUGCCAGCUGAUGAGAAGCUGGACGAAUUCUGGAUCGACUUCAACCUUGGCAGCCACAGCAUCUCCUUUUACUUCUCUUUGGCUGAUGGAGAGAUGCAGGAGGGACAGUGGGAAACAAUAUGUAUCAGUGAGAAUGAAGUCCAAAGUUACACUGUGACAGAGGAGGGCAAGAGAAAGGUAUUGCAAUUAAAACUGUCCGAGGUGGUGGUCGUUGGUGGAGUCGAAGGAUCGAAUCUUACCAUCCAUUUCAGCUCCUCCCUGGACAUCCUGCAGGCUGCUCGUAGUGUCUACGGACACAGCAAAAACAAAGGCUUUGUAGGAAAGAUGGGCACAUCUGUGGUGAAGACUACAGUUAAAAUCAUAAUGGAAGAGAACAACUCCCAGGUUGUUCCAGAGAGCCAGGUCUCCCUUGGUGAAAGUGAGAAGAAUACAGUCCCCUACCUUUUACCUGCAUCGUCUGCACAUAUACAGAUGGUGACUCCAGCCAGGAUGAGGAUUUCAGAGUCCACCACCUUCAUCAGCAAUAGUGCAGGAGGAAGUGUACAUAGUGCCAGUUCCCUCUCUGCUGUAAAGCCAUCAAACACUCCAGCCAGCAGUAAAGGGAAGCCAUGUCUGGAGAUGGUUCGUUUAUGUGAUAGGAAAGGUGAAUUUUGCGCGGGAGAACAAAGGAUGACUGCUAAGACCUGCAGUAAUGGCACAGCACCCAGAAGCACAAUAGCCGGUGGCAUGAUAGAGAAGAGUGAUAUGUCUCUACAGGGCUUGGCUUCCAAACAGGCCAAUAAGAACAAGCUUGAUAAAUACAAAAAGAAUAUACCGCUGGCAAAAGCAGUAGAUAUGGUUCUAGCUGGACAGGGAGAAGAGCAGCCUCUGGAGGAUAAUUUUGUGCCUGACACCCAACCCAGACCUGUGAAAAACAUGUCUUUUAACUGGAACAAACUGUCAGUGUCUGAAAUGGUAACAAUGCCCACACAGAAAAUAAAUACUGUGUCAAGACCUGAGCCUCAUUCUAAUUCGGCACAACAGCAGGAGCACCCAACCUUAGCACUGAGAUUGUCAGUUCCAGGCUCAGGCCCUAUCAACCAUAAGCAGCUCCAUACUGAACUCACCCAGCGCCUGCAGCGGGUCCUCAGUGAGAAGAACCAAGAUCAUGCACCUCAAGAGCCAGCUGCAACCCAGAGAAAAAUGUCUGGUACCAGAGGGGACUCGAAACGCAGAGGCUCCGCAGACCAGUGUGCUUCUACUUUGGGUACUUCCAACAAGCAGCAGGCCCAGAGAAAUGGCUUGGCCAAAGGGAAUAGCAAAGGCCGGAUGUCACUGAAAGCAGAUGUUGCUCUAAACAAAGCGCCAGUCAAGGCUCCCACAACCGUCGCUCUGCAGGAGAAAAUACAACCCAACGUUAAGGCUCAAACUAACAGGGCCCUUUCAAGCAAAGAGAAGAGCGAUGCAAAGGUUGCAGAAAGCAUGGUGAAGCUCAUCUCUAGCCAUUAUGAGAUUAACAACAUCAAUCAGAGCUGGACUCCUCUUCAUAUCAACAAGUCACUCUUCAAUAUGAGCUGGUUAUCAACUGCCAAAAGGGACGUACCUCAUACAUCUGUAAGCCUAAUGAAAUCCCACAGUAAAACAGCAUCAAACUCUUCAGGCUGGAGAAAGGAUAUUUUUGCAUUCAACACUGAAGCAUCAUUGAGUAUUGGGGGAAAGGAUAAAACCUUCCCUAACACUUCUUCCAUAUCGAGCAGCGGCAUCCAUGAGUCCUCAGGACUCCACAACACAACCGAGAAAGGACAACCUGUGACAAAAGAGAAGCGGUAUAUGAAAAAGCAUUUGUUCAGUGACACAGAUACAGACUAUGCCAUGACAGAGGUCAGCUGGCUGAGGGAGUCGAGCAGGAAACCCAAACCCAAAGUUGCCAAAUACUCAAGGCAGGCACCCAUCAAGCCUAAAGCUGAGUCACCUCAUACUUCAUAUGAAAUCCCAGAUUUACCACCACCCUCCCCAAAACAUGUAAAGGACAAUACCAAACCCAAUAAAAAGAAGCACAAUGUGAAGGAGAGAGUGGUGCAACCAAAGAAGACAGUGAAGCCAGCAGCAGCACCCAGCAGACCACAUGCAGCAGGCGGGAGGCCCAAGAGAGCUGUACACACCUCUACCAAGAGCUACAGGGAGCCAGAUACAGAUGACAGCCAGUCAGAAUCAGCUACGCCUGCUGUUCCCAAGCCGGAUCAUCUGAAGAAUACUAAGAAAACUCAUGAUGCUGCUCACACAAUGAAGAAACAGCCUGUGAGCAAGCAGCCAACCAAAAGAUAUAGGAAACCAGAGAGCAACCAUCAUAGCAGAGAGUCACAGUCAGUGUCGGUGUCAGAACAGCCAUCCACUUCUAAGCAGAGGCCUGAGAAUGUUCUUCAAGAAACUUCGAAGUUACGUAAGAAAAAGGUCAUCCCUGUCCUAGAAGAGAUGAAUGCAUUGAAGGAUUCUUGGGCAGCCCGCCAGACCUCGUUCUGUCCGUCGCCUCCUUUCGUUGAGAAGAUGAGAUCUGCCGAGAGGUCAGCCCCAACCUUGGAUUUGACCUGCUCCCCUCUCCUCACCCCGCGGGGAUCCCCACUCCCUGCCUCCCCUGACUCUGCCUGCCAGGACACCCCCUCACCAAUCCUGCUGCUACCCAAACCUCACUCUACAGUCAGCAGUAAAGGAAACUUCAAGCCCUCCUCUUCCUACAGUGCAGAAAAGAAGUUCAGCACAUCCAAGACUCAGUCCAUCCAGUCUGCCCUGUCUCUCUCUUCACUGAGAGGUCAAACCCCUGCACCCCAUCCUCCCAUUGGACUGAGUGCAGCAGAGAUAAGUCCAGUUCAGCAGCAUCUAUCUCCAGCACCUCGAUCUCCUUUGUCUCUGUCCCUGCCCCUGUUGACAUCCACACUCCUUGAUCUCGACAAGCAGUCCAUGCCUUCUCCUCCUCAAUCUCCAUUCCCUGAAGACACUAUCAACAAUGACCACCUUUAUGGCUUUAGUAAAGUGUCUUCAGUAUCCCAGGUUUCACUGAGCCAAUCAUCCACUAUGUCAUCCGUGCUCAGCUGCAGACUUAAGGACUGCCCCAGUACUGCUCUGACUGUGUCUCAUAAAACAGAGAAAACACCAUCUUCAGACAGAGACGUAAAGCCUGUGCAGCUUCAUAUGUCAGGACCCAGUCGCAAGCGCCACAUCACCUCAACCAGUGAGUCCGAGGAAGAUGAGAAGGAAGAUGGGAAGGAAAGCAAGAUGAGAGGACAGCGUUCUCCUCGGAUGAAGCCAAGGAAGUUGUUCAAGUCCUUUGCUGAAGUGUCUGCUGUAGGUGAGGUGAGCCAGGUCAUGUCUUCUUCCCACACGGUGAGCUCCAGUCACUGGGAGGCUGAAGUGAGGGGUGGAGACAUGGACAUGGAUGAGGAUUUGGAGUUGCCAGGAUCUGACUUAAACCCGAGUGACCUGUGCCAGCAAUUCAGCUCUGACCUAAAGAAGAAGUUCCAGAAUCGUUACAAGACGAUGGAGUUUUACAACAAACAGUCCUUGAAGACCGUCCAGCAACAUGUCUCCUCUCUCAACAUGCAAGUGACCAAAUACAGGACUCAGAGGCUUGCACAGGUUCAGAAGGCCCUCUUGCAAGAAAUCGACAAACUGGAGCAGGAUGACACUGUUCUGAAAAGAAUGGAGAAAGACCUGACUAUUCACUGGAAAAAACAGACUGUGGCUUUCCGGUCUUACCAGGAGCAAGGAACCAAGAGAAAUGAGACCCUGAAGAAAGCCCUCCAUAGUAACGUGUGUCACAGCUUGGAGUAUGAGCAGAGAAUAUUCACAUCCAAGAUGUGCCUGAUAAGAAAAGAUAUGAAGUCAGUCCAGGACAGACUCCUCAGUGAGAUGCAAGACGGAGAGAUACAGAGCGUGAAGAGAGGGCUGCAUGCUUUGUUUUUUCCAUGAUGGAGCCGGGUUUUAAGUCAGGCCUCUACACUGUAAACAAGGUUGCAUAUUACACCACAUGAUCCACACUGUGCUCUGUAGUUGAGCUAUGCUGAUUUCAUGUGAACGUUUUUGGCUGAGGUGUUAAUGUUUCCAGGUUCUGCUUUUAAUGUUGGUGUAUUGUGGGUGUUUUUGUUAAUUCUGACAUAGAAGUGUUGUUGCUAUAUGAUUGUUUUUAUAAGAAAUUUUAUGUAAAUCUGAUAUUUAUAAUUUGAUAUUUGAUUUCCAAAUUACAGAUCAAUCAUUUUUAAGUGUUCUGUAGAAAGUAAGCACAGGUAAUAAUCCUUUUCAAUGUAUUUCAUUGUCUUGACUGUGAUAUUUUUAAUACAAAUUCCAGAUUCAUUUGUGUAGUUUAGUUAAAUAUUGAAAAAAGAAUCCAACUAAACAUUCAAAAUGUUAAAUCCAUCAGUUGUUUUUAAAUACCUCUUCAACCUGAUUCUUCAUU